AUGAACUGGAGUGGGGUUUUUCUUUUCCUUUUCAGCGUACUCUUCACCAUCGCGCGGAGUCAACAGACUUUGGGCGAGUUGUGCGAGAAGACGGCCGAGACGAGGGAAUUGUGUAAUUAUUUGUUGAGACCGAUUGAUGAGAUCACGGAAAACAAUCAGCAUGGACAGCCAGAGAAGCGAAAGGCGUCAUUUAUUCGAUUCGGAAAGCGAUCGGCUCCUCAAAAUCUCGAAUCGAUGAGCGAAUUCGACGAGGGAUAUCCAUCGUCAUUCAUCGCUAAACGGAAAGCCUCAUUCAUCCGCUUUGGACGGAAA